AGGAUGCUUUAAAAAUAAAUAAAUAAAUAAAUAAAUAAAAAUAUAUAUAUAUAAACACAAGAAGCAGUUUCAAACCGCAGCACCGUCCAUCGAUUUGCAGAGAUGUCCAUAAAUCGGUUUCCUGUUGCCUGAAUCCAUUUGUUGUAGGAUUAUGGUUAUGCCGUCAUCAAUGCAACAAUAUUCAUGUACACAUGAUGAAACAUACAUUAUAGUAUCAGAGGAAAGUGUAGGGAACUAGAGGGAAAAAAACAUGGGAGUGAUACCCGGGAAUCAAAAGCAGUAUACCUAAUAUAUAUUGAUGAAUAAUAUAGUGCUAUAUAUAAUUUGCAUAGUAAAUGACAAUUGAUGGUAAGUCGUCAUUGAAACCUUGAAAAUAUUGUUUGGCUGAUUGAAACAAGGGGAGAAUAAGAUUGGAAGGGAGUUUAUUCAACAUUGCAGGUACUUAGCUGUACUGUACGAGGGUGGGUAGACCUGACUCCUGUGUCACAUUGAGCAGUUACAAAAUUCUUCAUUUAAGAAAAUAACUGAAGGUUUAAAAAAUAGUUAUUGCUAAGAUCUGCAUGUAUUGAACAUUUUAGUGGUUUCCAUGUUGAUCAAAUUGUCCCAGAGUUCAGUACGUUUUCCGGUUGGAGAAGCAUGUUUAGCCCGUUAAAACCUGGAACACUGGAAUGUGUAGCUCUGUGCUAGAAUUUAGAAGGAAACUGAAUGUCAUUAGAAUGCAUUUCCCAUAGAACUGUCAUUAUAUGGGAAAUGCAUCCACCUUUCAUACUAUUUCACUUAAUAUACUUACUUGAUUGUUUUUUAUGGAUUUUGGUUGUAUAAGGCGUUUUUCACUUUAUAAGAGGCCUUUCUCAACUGAGCUGACUUGUAUGAAAUGACUGAAUUUCAGAAAGAAUAUAAAAUCAGUCAGUUGAGCUGAUCCCAUACAGUCUCCAAGUUCCACAUCAAACUGAAACUCCAAGCCGGUCUGUAGAUUCUUCUGGGAAAGCGUGCAUCACCCUGAGUCAUGAACUCUCAAUGGCCUGUGCUCAGAAUGACUCUUAAGGAAAGACCUGAAGAAUGUGUGCCAGAGUUGCCAUAGCUGGCACUAUUUUGCCAAGGGGUCUAAGGUCAUUCAUUUUCAUGCAUGUAUGUAAACAUUGAUUUUUGUGCAGAAUCUGUCACCUAAGAGAAUGAGUAGAUGUUUUUAUUUUAUUUUAUUAACUACAUUUCUUAGUAGUUAUGCAUUUGUGGCCUUUUUGUACAUGUUUAGGCAACAGGAUGCUGUACUCCUAAAGCAAGUUUUUUUCCCCACAGAGUUUUGAAGAUCUAUAAUUUUGGCAUGAAGUUUAGUUUUCAUUCAGUCACAUUACAUCUGUGGUGCUGAACUGUGCAGUUUUGCCACUAUGGAUUUAUUUUGAACUUUGUCAAACAUUUGGCCUUACCUUUAAGUAAGUCUUUCAUCAUAGGGCAUUUGGAUUAUCUUUUUACAUGAUUAUUCCGCUCCAAUGAAUAGUGGUACUUAACUGAUCAGUGGCUGCCGAAUGGGAGUAAGAUGGCACUAUGAGGUUCCAUGGAAGUACUACUGCAGGGAGGGAAGGGCUAUUUUAUUUAGCGAAUGUCAAGUCUCUCUCUCUCCCUUUAUCUGACUCCCAGGCUCUUUCUCUUGCUCAGUCUUCUGGGAGCACUGUUUGUCCUUCAGAGACUCAGGUAUUUCUCACCAGGUUGAGGAGAGGAGGGAACUGAGACCAGUUCUGCCUAGAGGCCCAACCUGGACACGGGUUCCCCAGGGAGAGGGAGGAGAGAGAGAGGCGCAGGGGACUACACUGACUGCAGGGAGUAUCAUGGUGUAAGGAAGACCUCUCGGGUGUGCAAGUCAAAUAUUUUUUUGUUAAAAUCUCCAUUCUCACAGUGGGCGAAGUGUCUGUACGGUGUGGACCUUAGGUACCUGCUGACCCAGCCUGUGGUCAUGCCAGCAUCCAGGGCGAAGAUGACUCUGCCCUCCUGGCUGUGUGUACUCCUGCUGUGUGUCCACCAUGCCUUUGGCCAGGACGAGUACUCCGCCUACCACUCAGGUGAUGAACAUGUAUAUGAGGGCUCAGUGGUGGACAGCUAUGAGGAAUCUGGAUACCCCCACCCAGUGGAGUACCCCCCUACAACAGGAUAUGAGGACCACACAGCCUCAGGCUAUGACCCUUACGCCCCCACUGUGGUCACCAUGAUCACGGAGGAGGCGUACCCCUACGCCACAACAACCGAAUCCUACGACUACGUCAAAGAGGUGACCACCAUGACAACGCAGGUCCCUUACGACUAUGAGGACUUCCACGGCCCUGGUGGUGAUGCGGCACUGGGAGAGGAGGGCCCCACAGAUUGCAACUGUCUGCCUGGGGAGCCCGGCUUCGCUGGAUUUGCUGGUCCCAAGGGCAGCAGAGGACUACAGGGCAAAACAGGAUUUCCGGGAGAGCAGGGACGGGAGGGGUACAAGGGGACAAAAGGGGUUCCAGGAAGAGGAGGAGAUACAGGGACAGAGGGUGACUCAGGUCUUGAUGGUGCUGAAGGUGCAUCGGGGUAUUCUGGGGCCAUGGGUGAACCAGGGCUACCUGGGGACCCAGGUGUAAAAGGAGAUUUUGGCAUUAAGGGGAGUCGAGGCAUGGAGGGUCCACGUGGUGGAGUGGGAAUUGAAGGAGUGCAAGGUGCAUUCGGACAGGCGGGGCGCCCUGGGACAACCGGAAGAAAAGGCUUAAAGGGAUCAAUUGGGAAACCUGGAAAAAUUGGACCUGAUGGGCGAAUGGGAGAGAAGGGUCAGAGAGGAGCACCUGGAUUCCCUGGAGACAUUGGCGAGCAAGGCUAUCUUGGUUACCCUGGGAUCACAGGAGACAGAGGAGAACCAGGACCGAAGGGAGACCAAGGCUUUGGCGGUCUGCCAGGCAGUGAUGGGGAGCCUGGGGAGGAUGGUCCUCUUGGAGUUCCGGGCGUGAUCGGCAUCCCUGGCUUAUUUGGAGUUAAGGGUGUGAGAGGGGACCCCGGACCCAGAGGCCCAAUUGGGAGAGUUGGGGCUGGGGGAGCACUUGGAGCAAGAGGGGAUCCAGGUUUACCAGGCAAACAUGGACCAAAGGGCCUGCAAGGACAGCCUGGAGCUAAAGGAGAGACAGGCCCAGAUGGUGAGAAGGGUGUUAGGGGGAGACCAGGCAUAAAGGGUGUAAAAGGAGAAAAGAGCAGUUCUGGUUCCCGUGGUGACAAAGGCCAGCGGGGAGAAAGGGGCCCAUCCGGCCUUGAUGGAUCUGCUGGACAUGUGGGACCCCCAGGUAUCCCAGGCCCCAGGGGUAAGACUGGUCCAAGUGGGGACUCAGGAGUUCGAGGCGUGGUUGGAGUGAAGGGACUACCAGGUGCCCCGGGGCCUGGUUUGACAGAUGAACAGGUCCUUCAGCUAUGCAGAGGAGUGGUCACAGCCCAGAUCUCCCAGUACGCUGCAUCUAUCCGCUCAAAGUGCGCACAAGGCUGUCCCAUCAACAAUCGGACACUCAUCGGACCACCCGGGCCCAAGGGGCCACCUGGAGCUCCAGGGAAAGCGGGAAAAGGUGGGAAGGCAGGUGCCAAGGGGUCCAGGGGCAUGAGGGGGCCAAUAGGUGUUCAGGGCCAGAAGGGUGCAGACGGAGACCGAGGCACAAAGGGUGUGAAAGGGGCACGGGGGGACCAAGGAGAGGGUCUGCCAGGACACGAUGGACAUCAAGGCCUCAGAGGGCUUCCUGGCCACCCAGCAGAUCCUAAGGAUGGGACAGAUGGUCCCGAGGGGCCCCGUGGGCACCCUGGCCCUGUGGGCCAGCCCGGCAUGGCAGGAGUGGCAGGUGUGCCAGGUGUGUGCGAGGCACGCGACUGCAGUAUUCACGCCCCAGUGAUGAGGAAGGAGCAAGGCCUGGUUAAGGGCCCACUUAGCCCCAAAAUCUAAUGAGGUACAGCACCACAGGAAGCGCAGAGCUUAGGGCUGCAGGAAGAGAGCUUGGGAGACCGCCCGCCAGACUUUCCAUCAGUUUGAGUGGUCUACCAGACAAAAGAGAUUAUGAAAAGAGAUGGUGAAAAGAUGACGUUGCCAAAAGAACUUUAUCUGAGCCACCCAAGGCCCAGAGAACAGUAAUAUUUUGAUUCUGACUGUUGAGAUUGCCCCCCACCCCCAAGAUGCAAAGACCAGAGCAUAUUCAUUUACAUCCCAGGAAUUCAUUAAAAAAGCACCUCUAAAAAAUUACAGGUCAUAAGAUUGGCAGUGUGAUAGUUUUUUAAAGUCUGUUUUCUUUUUUCAACAAUAUCAAUGCUGUGGAUACAAAGACAAUAAAAUAAGACAUGUAAAUAAUUUUGUAUAGUAUCUGACGUACAUGUACUGUUUGUUCUGAUAUGUUAUUGUGCGAUAUAAAUUCUGUCUUACUUUUUUAAAGAUGGACCCUCACUUUUAAUUUUCUUGGAAAAUAACAUUUAUGUUACCUCAUAAUUAAUAUUCAACUCUUGUAGAAAAAGCAAGAAAGGUGGAUUUUGUUUUAUUUAUUUUCAGUUAAUGAGGGGUAUUUAAAAAAAAAAGUAAUGUACAUGUUUUUUAAGGAAAAUACCUUCAUGAAGUGGCUAUUGAGCAUUUUUUAGCUUGAUGUGCCUUAGCCAAUUUUGCAUUAGUCUUAAAUAGCUAUGACCUUAUAUCACUUAAAUGUACAAAUAAACUGUCUGUGUUUAA